AUGGGAAGAGAAGAAAGGACAAUUGAGAGCGAAAAGGAAGAAACUGUCGAGUAUACUGAUGAUGCUAUUAAGUGCAAAGAGAAAGAGGAUACUAUCGAGAGUAUUAAUAGAUUGGUUCAAAACGUCACAAAUUUUAAUUAUAAAGAUUUCGAAAUCAUCGGAAAUAUUGGCGAUGAACUAAAACAUGCCAAACAUAAGAUAUACAAAAAAUUGGUCUACUUGAAACCAUUGCAAAUUAAAAAUAUGCGAGCAUCAAAGGCCUUUCUUAAUGGGCAUCCGAAAAACAUAUUGCGCAAGGGUGAUAGAUUGGUGAUCAUUGAUUUCGGUCUGGCAAAGUCAUAUGAGUCGGACUCUGAUUCCCUUAUGGGUGGUGUUGUUGCAUAUACGGAUCCUAAAUUCUUUGAUGAUAACAAAGUUCGAAAAAACAUUCGUCCUGCUCCGAUUAUCGGCACUCCAUUUGAUUACUUGGACAUAUACAUCAGAGCUUGGCAUGAAAACCCCAAUGAACGUCCUGAUAUCGAGGAAGUCUGUCGAUUACUUGAUAAUGUCAAAUUUGAGCGUCGGUUAGAUGAGACAUACAUUGAUAAAAAAUUUAAUCAAAUAUACAUAAACGAAUCAAAUGGGAUGUCGGCUGAAAAUUCUAAUUAUAUAGAAAAUUUAUCUGACGCUGUUGAAUUUUCGGACUCAAUUAACGACGUGGUGCUCAAUACAUUUCAGCAGUAUAUGCCAAAGGAUGAUACGAAUUCAAUCAAAGUAGCAAUUUCGUCUGUUAACAAACUCCAUUACGACGGAAACUAUAGUGAUGUCGUAGCGAGCUCCAUUGGAUCCAAUUGUUUUGCUCACUAUCAUAUUCUUUGUGAUGAUAUCGAGGGACUUAAGUGGCAUCUUGAUAAUGGAUCGGAUGUGAACAAAACAUAUGGUCUGGAAAAACGUUUUCAAGGAACACUGAUCGAUUUCACCUUAAAAUAUUGUCAUAAUUGGGAUGCCCUUGUUCUUAUUUUUGGAAUGUUGAAAUCAUACGGGGCGAGCGACAGAUGCAUUUAUUCGAACAUGCAGUUAUUGUGUCAUAAUCACAUUAUUGCUCCCAAAGAUCACUCGGGCUUUAAGAAAUUCAUAAUUUGGCUAAUUAAGAACAGCGAUGAAAGUAUGAUUCUAGAAAUCAUAUCAUUGUAUUUGGAAAAUGAGUUCGAUCCUAAUAAUCCUUAUGAUUAUAAGCGACCAAAUUUACUAUUCUUAGUAAUCAAAGAAAAGUAUUCUCCAGAUAUUUUUGAAAUUAUUUUUAGAUAUAAUAUUAAUUUAACGGUUAAAAAUAAUAAUGGAUUGGAUGCGCUCGGAUAUGCGUCUAGGAAGAAAAAUAUCGAAGCCGUAAAAUAUCUCAUAAAUACAGGGAAAUUCACCGAAGCGCAAUGUGUUUUAAAGGCGCAUGAACAAUCGGGAUACUUUAGUAAAGAGAGAAAAUACCUAGGAGGGUGGCUAGAAGUAAAAGGAAUUAGAUAA